GCCAAUAUGAUCUUCCAACAUGGCCAAAUAUGACAGUGUCCACAUCUCAAAAGGCGUCCUCCUCGGCAUGGGCGUCUCUGGAAUUGUCGAGAAACCUCUUGAUUCCGCCUAUGUAAUCAAGACGCCCUGCCCGGGAGAAGACUACGAUCAGUGCAGGAAAGACCUUGAUCUCGAGAGACGGGUUUAUGAGUUACUAGGGAAUCAUCCUCGACUUUUGAAGUUUUACGGCCAGGAUGAAGGGGAUGGGUCGAUUAAGUUAGAGUAUGCGCUGAAUGGGACGUUAAGGGAUUACAUUGCCGAACAUCAACCUAGUAUGGAUGAAAGACUCCGUUUCGCAACAGAGAUCACAGAAGGAUUGGCCGUAUUGCACGAAUCAGGAGUCGUGCAUUGUGAUUUAAGUCCUCGAAAUGUCCUCGUUGACGCGGAGAUCGGGUUGAGGAUUGCGGACUUCAGUAGCGCCUCUAUUGAUGGAUCACCGUCUUCUGCCGGAGGCUCUGUGAGAUUUCAGAUUCCACGAAACAACCCUUGGAAACCGACAUAUCAGGACGACAUAUUCUCGUUAGGUUCGACUCUUUUCGAGGUCAUGACUAGCGCAGGUCCUUACGACGGUUUGGAAAGUUCAAUGGUUAUAGAGCGUUUCAGAAGCAAACAAUUUCCAGAUUCGAAGGGUGUAAUUCUUGGAGACAUCAUUCAAAAAUGCUGGAAUCUCCAUUAUUCAAGUCUAUCUGAUGUAUUACCAGCUUUACAGAAAGCCGUAGACCUAGGAGACCAGAAUCAAUCCACGUAAAGCCUCGAUACUAUCAUA